AUGGGGGUGGGCCCUAAUGCUUAUAAAAAUAGGGAAGAAAAUGAGAAAGAGGAGAUUAGGUACAGACAGCAAGGUUGCAGGGGUGGCCACUACUCUCUGAGCUUCACAAUACCACCCAAGGACAAGAAGAAGAAGAAAGAUGCCAGAAAAUCAGCCAAAAAAGACAAAGACCCAGUGAACAAACCUGGGGGCAAGGCCAAAAAGAAGUGGUCCAAAGACAAAGUUCAGGACGCGAUCAAUAACCUGGUCUUGUUUAACAAACCAACAUGUGAUAAACUCUAUAAGGAAAUUCCCAACUAUAAGCUUAUAAGCCUAGCUGUUGUUUCUGAGAGAUUAAAGAUUCAAGGUCCCCUGGCCAGGGCAACCCUUCAAGAGCUCCUUAGUGAAGGACUUAUCAAACUGGUUUCAAAGCACAGAACUCAAGUAAUUUACACCGAAAACACCAAGAGUGGAGAUGCCCCAGCUGCUGGUGAAGAUGAAUGA